UGAGGCGGCGGCGGUGACCGGGGCGCCGAGACCCCGCCAGCGGCGCCAUGCAGCACGAUGAUGUGAUUUGGGAUAUUGUCGGAAACAAACAGUUUUGUUCCUACAAAGUCAAAACCAAAACUCAGAGCUUCUGCCGCAACGAGUAUAAUAUCACGGGUCUGUGCAAUCGUUCUUCCUGUCCACUGGCCAAUAGCCAGUAUGCAACUAUCAGGGAAGAGAAAGGUCAGUGUUUCUUGUACAUGAAGGCGAUAGAGCGAGCGGCCUUUCCAUCUCGAUUGUGGGAGCGGGUAAAGCUGAGUAAAAAUUACGAGAAAGCUCUGGAGCAGAUUGACGAGAACCUCAUCUACUGGCCCCGCUUCAUCAGACACAAGUGCAAGCAGCGAUUCACCAAGAUCACCCAGUACCUGAUCCGUAUCCGCAAACUGACCCUCAAGAGGCAGAGGAAGCUGGUGCCUUUAAGUCAGAAAGUUGAGCGUCGAGAGAAACGAAGGGAGGAGAAAGCUCUGAUUGCAGCUCAGCUCGACAAUGCCAUUGAGAAGGAACUACUGGAGCGACUGAAGCAGGGGACGUAUGAAGAUAUCUACAACUUUCCUGUUCAUGCCUUCGACAAAGCACUGGAGAAGCAGGGAGCAGAGAGCGAGUCUGAAUCCUCGGAAGACGAGGAAGACGUUGGUCAGGUGGAAUACGUGGAGGGAGACGAGAUUGAUGAGAGUGACCUGAGUGACUUUGAGGCCAUGGAUAAUCUGGAGGAGAGUGAAGACGAGCAGGAAAUGGAGGUCGAAUCCUCCAAAUCGAAGGGCAAGACCCCAGUGAAAGGCCCGGUCCAAAGGAAGCGAGCGUUUGUAGAGAUUGAAUACGAGCAGGAGACGGAGCCAGCAGCCAAAGGCAGCAGCACGUGACGACCGCCUGUGAACCACAGGGUCUUGCUUACACUGAAAUGUGGACAUUAUCUUCAUUGCAAGUAUCUCGAAUGGUCAUCUCAGCAGAGCAGCGUUGUUGCUGCUUCAACAGGAGGGAAAGCAAGGACUUAAACAUCCUUGCAACGCGAUACUCGGAUUCUGCCCUUUGUUUAAAAUUAUGAAUAAAGACGCAAGUGAACUAC